UAAAUACUAAUAGUUCCAAUGUAUAUAGCUUUUUUUGUUUUUUCCUGUGUUACUAGUCACUAUUUUCUUCUAACAUUGGCACGCAUUGUUAGAUAUUUGUAUUCACCGCUAUUAUUAGGACUAGGAUUUACAUAUUUAUCCUGGGGGAGAGGAAAGCCGAUAGGACGGCUUAACCAUGUGGCGAACCACGGCCUCUAUUUCAAGCUAUUUUCCCACUAUUUUUAUUCCCAGUUCCUACUAUUCAAAACUUCAUGCUACUUUUCAACCAUGUAUUUAUUUAUCUGUCUUGCACAUUUGAUAGGUUUUCGGUAAUUUUUUGCAUUUCUGACAGCAAGCGAUGUCUCCCAUAGAUUUUGACUUGUAUAUUUCUAUGCUAUAUAGGAAUCUCAGACCCAAAAUUUACAGCAUUCGAGAUCAGCUAUAUUUAUAUAUAUUUACUGCAAGGCUAAUCCUGGUGAUUUCUCAGCUACCAUAAUCGUAUACGAAUAUUUGAAACAUUAAGUUUAUAUCAAUCAGAGACGGGGGAGGUCGUUGGGAUUCUAUUACAUUUAAUUUUAUCUACCUGAAUUUUGCUGUCUUAUUACAAGCACAACACUAAUUUUACUCCAUGUAAAUUAUCCACUGAUUCAAGCAAUUAUUUGGCUUUUAUUAUUGUAAAUUGAGUUAUAAGCACUGCCCGAUUUUGAAUUGUGUCCAUAUUUUUUUGUAUACUCGUAUUAUUCUUAUUUUAUUUUUUGGUGGGUGGGCACUUACUUGUAGGUUUUUUUAACUUUAUUUCAAGUUAUGCUCGCCUUCUGUAUUUGUUGUCUGUUUACUUUUUUGUAUUGUUCUGUUUUAGUCAGAGAGCCGAAAUAAAAUGAUUGAUUGAUUGAUAUCAAUUUCCGUGGUCAGGUUGUCCUAGCACUGUCAGACCAGGCUACCAACCUACUGCAGUACCAGGAGACUGUACCAGAGAUAUUGUACUGUAGCAUUGAUAAACUUAGUACUAACCUUUGAUCAAUCACGUAAUGCUGUGAUGUGUGGGAUACUGGGCUAUAUUUCGAAGAUAGUUUGUCUCUAUGGAUUACAGAAUUGUGAUUGAAUGUGCCAUACUCCAUUACUUUUUUGCAUGUGAAUUACUGAAAUCAAUUCUAGGCAAAUUUUUAUUUUGAUUCUAGUGUUUUGUUGUGAUUGUUCCUGCUUUUGAGGUAAACUACGGAUGCCUCAUGUCUUUAGAUUCAAAUUCAUAUCCUUUCUUCAUAAUUCCGUCUAUUUUAUUGAUAUGAUGUUGUUUUUCUAUUACUCCUAUUAGUAUUGCUGUUUCAAUUUAUUCUGUUUUUACAGUGUUAGUUGAUGACCGAAAGAUAAGAAGAUAGUGUGAUCAAAAUAACUUACUUACAGUUACUACAUCUAAUAAACAAUUUCUUUAAUGUUUUCAUGAUUGACUUAGUGAUUAUACUAAAAUGGCAGAGUCUGGGAUCAUGAAGAAAUACAAGUUAAAAAUACAUCAAUCGAAUUUCAGCGAGGAAUCACUGGUGAUCAACGCUAAAGAUUUUCCAGGAGUUAAGAAAGAUGACAUUCUUAAAAUACAUAACUGUGAUGGAGAUACUUCCAAUCAUCUUUUUAUGAAAGUCAAAUCAUUAAAAAGGGAAACAGAGUUACAGAAAGACACAAUCAGCAUCGAACACACAAUCGCAAAUCAAUUCAAUCUUCAUGCAUUUCAGAGCGUUUACGUUCUCAAAGUCGAUCCCAUGGAUAUCAGCCUGGAUUUACUUGAAGUUACCUUCAAGGACCAGUACAUCAGUAGGAGUGACAUGUGGAGAUUAAAACGCCAUUUAGUUGGGUCAUGCACUUGCAUUAAUGAGAAAGUGGAGUACUGUGACAUUCGAGCACAGGUGAAUGAACUUUGGAUUGAUAGUAAUAAAGUGAAAUGUGGUCUUGUGACGGACAAUACUAGAAUAGUUUUGCGAUCUGCAUCAGCUCUUGUUUAUAUUUUUCUUCAAAUGAGUUCAGAAAUGUGGGAUUUCGAUGCUUACGGACAAUUGCAAUUUGAAAGAGCAGUUAAUGGAUUUUUAAAAGAUCUUUUUACCAAGUGGAGAGAUAAAUGUUAUCAUGAAUUUACACUUGUGUUAUUUUCGAGGACAUUCUAUAAUGCUUCAAAAAUUGAGCAAUUUCCAGAAGAAGUUCGAGAUAUUGUACAAAAAAAUUACAAAGGAGAUUUUUAUAUUGAUUUCUAUAAUUGUGUCGCACAUCAUGAACGAAAUGAAGAUUGUACUCCAUUACUUUUUCGAUUGAAGAAAAUUUUCAAUGAUUAUAAGGAUAUGAUAACCAUUCCUAAUUGUCCACCUGGACACAAUUCUGUCGCAAGUGAAGGAAAUUUUCUUGAGGCUAUUAAUAUGUCACUAAAUGUUUUUGAAAAACAUUACAUUGAUCGAAAUUUUGACAGAACUGGACAACUAGUACUAUGCAUAACGCCGGGAGUUGGUGUUUUUGAUGUCGAUCGAGAUCUGACUGUUCUAACUAAAGAAAGAAUGAUAGACAAUGGUAUCGGCAGUGAUCUUGUAUGCUUAGGACAGCAACCAUUACAUGCAGUACCAUUGUUCAAAUUUCAUCAACUAAACAGGAACAAAGCGAAACAACCGUUACUACAUGAUUUCAAUAUUCCACACUGGAUAAGUCAUAGUUUCUAUUCAUCGAAUCCAUUCUUAGAUAAAGGAUCAACUGGAAUCAAGUAUGUUCCACGUAUUCUUUUUCCACAAAGAAAAUUGAAAACGAAAAGAAAACAAUCGUUGCAAAGUCGUUUUUCUGACAAACAAACAGAACUGCCUUCGCUACUGGCUCAUAAUUUUGAAGAAUUUGAUGAAGAAGUUUUCAGUCUUCCACAUUCAGUUUGUAAUUCAAGUAUGAUGCAAAAUAUAUCAAGUUCGUUUCAUCCUAGUUAUGUUCGUCGAUCAAGCUCGACCGAUUUCAAUAAGAAGUCAGUUGGAUCUCGAGUCAGAACAAUAAGUGACGGAUGGAAACAACAUUCCGGUUCUCCUGAUGACCACCAAUUUCAUUCACGUUCAUUAUCAAGGCAGACAACACCAUUGCACAUUCCAAGUGUACUCGGAAUAACAAGAGUUCGAAAACAACCAUUAGCUGGAAUCGCAAGUUCAAUAGGACCAGAUCGAAAUUUAGAGAAAUAUCUCGCAAUUAAAGAGGAUGAUGUUUCCUCUGAGUUAAAAGUUGGAAGUGCUCACUCUCUACAAACUCGAGCUCACAAGAAGAAACAAGCCCCUCGUCGUGCACUUAUUAACCCUUUUGUGGCAAUGUCAAGUACUUUAACCCCACUUACAUCAAAUCGACGUCGUUGGGUGCAUACUUACCCCAAGGGUCACAAGGUCAAGGAAGUAGUGCAUCUUCCACAACAGGAUGGCGAAUUGAUCCGUACUUCACGUCUGAGUGAGUCUUCUGAUCAAUAUAACGAUGAAUAUAGCUCAGAUGCAGAAAUCAAAUCCCAAACGAGGAGUUCUGGAUCAACGAUCGUCCCAAAACUAUCACAAAGUACUGUCGGAAGUGUUUCAAGUAGUGAAUAUUCUGUCGGCAGUUUGGAUUACACUGCGAAUACUUUCCCCAAACCUUGUGUAUUGGCAAGAGUCAAUGGAGCUGAUUUUCAGAAGACAUCAACUGUCGAUUGGAAAUCGUUACGCUCACCUGCCUGUCUUCCAAUCACAAAUGAUUAUUUUCCAUCAAAGCAAAGGUUACAUACUGACUAUACAGAACAAUCAUAUACUCUUAUACCAGACCAUGAAGAUAGCCAGUAUGAUGGAGUAUCUGAAGGUCUACUCAACACUGACUCUGAUCAAUGUACAGGGUGGCAGGCCCAAUCAUCCUCACCUGUGGCAACAAAGGAAAUAUUCCUUGAGCUUGUCAACCAGAGACUAUGUCAGGGAUUUCAACUGGUUGUAUCAGGACACUGGGGGAAAAGAAAACAUUAUGAUAGUGCGUCAAUAUUUGGUGGCAGAAAGUCUCCAUCUCCAGUGGGAGGUGAUGUUUCAUUCACUUCGGUUGACAGUGCUACAAGUCCAGUUUAUAAUGAUACUAUGGUGCUGUCUGAACAUCCUCAACGCUACACCCUCAAUCACGGAAGACAAUAUCACGUCAUUUUGCUUACAGAUGAAAACGAAAUUUCCGUAAAGAUAUAUAAACCAAGGCACUUGUUUUCGACUUUAACAAUUGAGUAUAAAUAUCUACUAUGGGCAGUCAGCAGAGAUAAAUACAGAAUGGCAAGAGUUAAAUUUUCUCACGAACAAUAUGAAAGUUAUCAUUGGAGUUAUCAAGAUAAUUGUGUUUGUUGUGUUGGUGCUGACUCUGACUUCAAGAUUGUAGAUAGUAUCAAGUAUUGGAGAUCGAAGUUCAUACUAAUCCCAUCAGCUAUAAACAAACUGAAAACUCAGAAGGCAGAAAUUGAAGCCGCACAAAAAGCAGGAAGGAAAGCUAGGUUUGACCUAUUUGAGGCUGAUGGUUUUCAUUCCGAAGAUGACGGCACUUCAAAUCAAGAUUACAAUCAAAUAUUAGAUGGAAUGGUCCGGUUUUUCGACUACAUGAAUAAGAUUCGACGUCCUGCUAAUUCUCUACCUUUAAGACGACAGUUGGUUAUGAAUAAAAAAUCUGGCAUCAGUGGGAUUUCUGCGUCUUCAUUGCCCACAAAUAUUGAUGUAUCUUCGCAAAGAAUUAAUCCUGCAAGCUCUGUCAGUGCCGGAAGUUUUCAGCAAAACAAUUCUCCAUCUCCCGCUACGACACCUGCAAGCGGACGCUCGACACCUCAACAAUUAAAAAUGCAUGCUUCUCCGCCUAAUAUCACUAGCAAGAUUCAUUCUUCUAAUGUCAAUGCAAAACCAGUGGCGAUACUUUCUAGAAAGACAGAGGAGGGCAAUCAGAUGAACCAAGAACUUGCUCAGCUUGAGAAAAAUGUUUCUCAAGCCAAAGAAGAGUCAAUAUCUCAAAUUGUUCUCACUCGUGAUACAGACUGGAAAGAUAUUUCGAGUGCAAUGAGAGAUAAAAAGUUCGAUUUCUCCUUUAUAUCACGACAACGAGGAUUACACUCAGACGUUUUCAUCAGUAUUGAAUGUGUACAUUGGUGCAUAAGAAAUAUUUCUGGUAUAGAUGAAAUCUCUGAUGCAGUUGAAUUAUUAGAGAAAAUGAGGAAAUCCAAGUUAAUUUGUCAUGCAUCUGGAUAUUGUGAUCACCCAUUCAAAUAUGGUUAUUUCAUUUACUAUUUAACGGAUGAGAAAGAUCAUAAUGAAAUUUCAGACCCUACUAGUCAUCAAUAUGAUACAAUCGGGCGAGGAAAUUUACGAGUUUUUGAAUCAAGAUGGUUGGAAUUAGAAGUGAAAUAUUGUAAAGAGGAAGAACCAGUCCUCCAAAUCGAAUCUAAAUUAGGGAAGAAAAGACCAAAAUCUGCUUUAUCUAGCUUGCUUGAGAAUGAUUCUCGAAGUAGAAAUCCCAGUGGAGCAAUUCCUGAAAUGAAGACUGUUCACAUUCCUCUGAAUAACAAAGUCAAAACUGGGAGAACAGAGUGGUGCCAGGUUCAAUAUCAAUCAAGUAUAAAACCUUGGCAAAAAUCUACUGUUUUCAGCUUUAAUGUACAAUGGAUGGUGGCAACAGCUACUUGCUUAUUUGAAAUGUUGCAAAGUUGGUUGCGUGAAGUGAAACGAUGCAAUCUUUGUAUGUUACCGAUGCCAAACAAUCCAUUUGCUUUUCCACACACGGAGAAGGAUGCAUCACCAUUACAUUGUCCAUUGUUUGUACCACUAAAUUUAAUUUCUCUAGUCGGCGAUGUUUCAGAAUUUGAAGAAUUGCUUACAAAAGGUUUGGAAUGCAGAAAAAGGAUAAUUCAAUUUAUGGAGAAAAUUGCAAUAAGAUUUGGAUUCGUCAGAUAUUUUGCUGGUCGCGACCCUGAAGCUGAACGAAGUAACUCUGCCAAUAGUCGACAUUACGUUCACUACACAGGACAAGUUUUCCUUGAAAUACCAGUGACUGAUGAUUUCCAGGUUCAAGGUCGUUCAUUGGCUGCGAAGCAUUAUAUUAUAAGAGGGGUAAAAACCCCAAUGUCACCCAGUCAUGAAACCAAACUUCAGUCUCACCUCAUAUCCCCACGGAGGGGGAAGAAAAGCGGGUUUGAUAUCACACCUGGGUUGAAUGAUGAAAGCCCCCCAAAACCCAGUGUCGCGUCGAGUAACCCCGAAGAAAAAAAUCCAACAGUUGAUCUGAAGUCAUGCGGAUUCUAUUUUUCAGCAAAUCAUAUGUUAACCCGACGUUGGCGAAUGGCAGCAUUUGACGAUUGUCCAGCUUCUAAAUUAGAGAGUGACUUUAUCAAAUACUGUGCUACCAUAAAUGAUCAUCGAUUGGUGGAUUUUUAUAAAUCAAUAUAUUUGUAGUAAUCAUGAUAAUACGAUUUUAAAUAUAAUAAAACUGCGAAGGUUUUGUG